GUUCAAAAUGGCAAACAGAGAAUAUGAUUAUUUGUUUAAAUUAGUUAUAAUAGGGAACAGUGGAGUUGGGAAGUCUGCUCUUUUAUUAAGAUUUGCUGAUGACACUUUUAGCGAAAAUUACAUAACAACAAUAGGAGUUGAUUUUAGAUUCAAAACAUUGAAAGUAGAUAAUAAAGGCUUAAAGUUGUAAAUUUGGGAUACUGCUGGAUAGGAAAGAUUCAGGACAAUUACAAAUGCCUAUUAUAAAGGGGCUGAUGCGUAACUAAUAUAUAAAUAAAUUUUAGAAUUGUUAUUGUCUAUGACACAACUUGCUAACAAUCCUUUGAUGAUAUUGAAAAGUUUUGGUUGAAUGAAGUAGAGAGUUAUGCUGAAAAGAAUGCUGAACUCUUAUUGUUGGGAAACAAGUCAGAUCUUAGCACAAAAUAAGUUUAAAGUGAGAGAGUGCAAGAGUAUGCAUAGAAAAGAAAUAUGAUGUUCUUUGAAACCAGUGCUAAAACUGCUGAUGGAGUUGAAGAAGCUUUCAAGAAAAUUGCAAUUAAAUUGAUGGCGAAAAGAGAUUAAUAGGUUUAGGAGAAGAAGAAUAAAAGAAAACUAUAAAAAGUAUUGUUUUAUUAUUAAAUAUGUAGUAAUCAUCAUCAUCUUCUUAGAGAACAGAUGAUGGUCAACAAUAUGGUGAUGGGAAAUAGGAUGAUGAAAUUAAAAAUGUCAAUUUAUGGUCAAAUAAAAGCACAGAAUAGGCAAAAUAAGGUUAACAAUGCUAAUGUUGAAUAUAUAAAUGAAU